GAAAAGCGAACUCAAACCUACGCGCUUGCGUUGCCGGGUAGAUCGAACAAAAACAACGGGAUCUGAUUCAGAGUUUAAAGCUUGGACGCGACAGACGCAAAUAAACGGCGUGACCGCGACUGGCGACAACGGUCGAUAGACGGUGAACUGCGGAUUCAACGGUCUCAUUUGCACAUUGCUCAGCUGCAGAAAUCUCCUUUUCUCCUCCGAAACAUGGCGACUGACUGCGCGGCCUGGCUCAACGCGAACCCCGCUGAGGCAGAGGACCUGAGUGACUCCUUGGUAUCCGAAGAUGAAGACCAUACGGGAUCGGGGGUCAACAAAAACCUCAAAAACGAGCUCAAUGGCAACUGGUUGUCCUCGACCAGCAGCAGCAUCCACGAAGCGCGUCUCAAGGCGAAGGCCAAGCGGAGGCUGAGGAAGAACUCGUCCAGGGACUCCGGCAGGGGGGACUCUUUCAGCGACAACGGGGACGCGGUCAGGGGAACCUCGGUGGCCCCCGCCAGCCCUAAGAGCAAGCUGCUGGACAGAAAGUCCCGACUGGGCAAGGGAAGGGGUCUGCCAAAGAAGGGUAGGAAGGGUGGGGCCGGAGGAAAAGGAGUGUGGGGCCGGUCUGGUGAAGUCUAUGAACAGGAGGCGGUGGAUCAGAACGACCCCAACUAUGACGAAGCUCAGGAAAACUGUGUGUAUGAGACUGUGGUUCCUCCGCUGGAUGAGAGGGACUUUGAGAAUACCGUCAGCCCCAUUCUGCAGGAGUACUUUGAACAUGGAGACACAAAUGAAGUAGCGGAGCUGCUCGCAGAACUGAACCUGGGCCCCAUGCGGAGCGAGGUUCCCUCGCUGGCUGUGUCCCUGGCGCUGGAGGCCAAAGCCAGCCACCGGGAGCUGACCUCCAGGCUGCUGGCGGACCUGUGUGGGCCGGUGCUGUCCCGCGGCGACAUGGAAAUCUCCUUCGACAAACUGCUGCUGGAGCUGCCCGAUCUGGUCCUGGACACACCGGGAGCCCCGCAGUUGGUGGGCCAAUUCAUUGCACAAGCCGUGAGUGACCAAAUAUUGUCCAAGAGCUACAUCGAGGCCUACAAAGGCCGAGUGGACUGUGAAUACACAAGAGUGUCACUGGACCGGGCGGCGGUGCUGCUGAGGAUGAGCAUGGAAGGCCUGCGCAUAGACAACCAGUGGGGUGCAGGCGGAGGCCAGAGACCCGUCACACAGCUCAUCAAGGAGAUGAACCUGCUGCUGAAGGAGUACGUCCUGUCUGGAGACAGCAAGGAGGCUGAGAGGUGCCUGAGAGAUCUGGAAGUUCCCCAUUUCCACCAUGAGUUUGUCUAUGAGGCGAUAGUCAUGGUGUUGGAGUCCAAAGGAGAAAAAACUUUGGAAAUGGUUCUGCAGCUACUCCAGUCUCUUUCUGUGUCCACGGUCAUCACUCUGGACCAAAUGAGAAGGGGCUAUGAAAGAGUCUAUAUGGACAUUGCUGAAAUCAACAUUGAUGUUCCUCGUGCAUACUUCCUCCUGGAGCAAUUUGUUGAUAAGAGCUUCAGUACGGGAGUCAUUGAUGUAAAGUUGAGAGAUCUUUGUCCCUGUCGAGGCCGGAAGAGAUUCAUCAGCGAGGGAGACGGGGGUGUUGUCAAAGCUGAAAGUUACUGAGGAGACCUUUUUAUGUGCCAGAUUUCCUGAAGAAAAAGGAUGAAGCUACUUUUUUACUUGUAUAUUUUUGAAAAAGGUCAGGUCAUUUUUUUUCCUUGAGUCAAAAGAAUGUACAUUUCUGAAACUGAGGUUGGGUAAAAACACGAACAUAAGCUAACCCUUAAAGUGCCACACCUCGCAGUGUCAGUCAUUCCAUGUGGUUUUGUACAGUAUUUUCUUGAUUUCACUGCCACUCCUUUUGUUUUUGUAGAAAGCAGUUUUUGUAGAAAGGUGACUAGCUUGUGUCAAAAGCUUUAUAUUGGGGUAUAAAAAAGACAGAGGAACAUGUUUGUUAAAUGCAAUAAAUCCUCCCUGUAGCUGCUGUUUUUUAUGCUGUGCUGGGCUUUUUAUGUUUUUCCUUUUUGAACCUUAAAAUUACAAACGGUAUCAUUAUUGAAAGUAUCAAGACACGAGUAAAGAACAAAAACAAAUACCACUUGAGGAAUCUCGCAAAAUUGUGUUUAGAAUGUUUAUUUUUAUAUCCAGGAAAUACUGGUGUGUGAAAUGUACCAUGUAUUGCUCAUUGUUUGUUCCUUAAAUCACUGCCAAACAA